CCCGCUAAACUGCUGGCCUAUGCGGAUGAUGUAUUCCUCUUUCUUCACGACAGCAAUGAUUUAAAUUGCUGUAUCCAACAUCUUCAGACCUACGCCGUUGCCUCCAACGCCAAACCCAACUUUUUGAAGUCUCACGCCAUCUCCCCCUCUGGUCGACCAUCUGAUUUUUGGCGCACAACACUACUCGACAACAACAUCCCUUCUUGGCAUGACGCAACGACAAACCAUUCUUUGGUUUAUCUAGCUUAUCCCCUGUACAGCACUCCAUCCCAGCGGGACCAUUUCUCCACUCAACUUCUC